AUGUAGCAACAAAACAAUACUUAAUAAACAAAACCAUUAAACCAGCAAACAACUGCCACAAUAUCUUAGGACUAAAAGCUAUCGACUUCAUAGACAUCAACUUAAUCCAGCUAACAGAUCCAAAUGGGAUAAAAUGUUGGAAAAAGCCAGUUGAGUCAAGAUUACCCAUAGUUCACUGAGCAAAGCUUUACAACUCCCGCAAAAAAUUAGUCUCAAAAUUUAUUAAACUAGAGUACAAAUUCUAAGGUUCAAGAUUCUGCUGUGUCGUAAGGAAGACAGAAAGAGACUGAGGAAUUCAAACAGAAGUAAGUUUAAUAUGAUGGAGAUACACUCUUUAUCUUAAAAAAGUAUCAAAUCAACACAAAUGAAAGUCAAGAUAAAAUUUUAAAGAGUGUCUGCAGAUUGACAUUAAUCAAUAAUCAACUCUUGACACAAAAGGAAUAAUAAAAUUAGCAAUUACUUAACAAAAUAGAUGAAAAUUAGUUAAUUAUCUAAAAGUAGAACGAUUAAAUUGUCAAGCUAUAGUCUCUCUAAGCAAAGGAGGAGAAACAAAAGUCUUUUAAUAGCUAGCUUAAACUGACUCUAGAUUAACUUAAGAAUGAAUUCACUGGCUUUGAUAGAGAAGUCAAGCAAUACUUGAAGGCUGGCCAUAACAACUUGCUUAAUGAUUUCAACAACUUUAAGAAUACACUUAAGAAUCGAGAGAACUAAAAAUUAUCAUUUAACGAGCAAGAAUUCCUAAAAUACAGAGAAGAAUACAAGUGA